UCCGAGGGUUGGGCGUUGUGGAUUGAGAGCCGACUCCCGGCUUGAGAGUCAGCCCCGCUACAGUUGGCCGGAGGAAGCUGCCUUCUUGCUGGGAGAGGAAAAGCAAAAGCCCGAAGCGGAGGCACUGCCUCCCACCCUUUGGGAUUAUGCCCUUCACCACAGCCAAAGUAGCCACACGGCUGAGCCAAGGAAUCACCGCCAAAAGAGCAGCCGUGGCACUGUUGUUGGCAGCAUAUGGGGCUAGGAAGUUGUACCCCAUCCUGCGGAGACAGUGGGCUGCCUCAGUCCUCCAGGUGAAUGCAGAGACCACCAGCCCCAGAGAGUCAACAGCAAAGUGGAAGGAACUGGAGGUGGACGCUGCAUCACCACCUGGUGUCAACAAGGUGUUUUUCCUCCGUCUCCUCCGACUUCUGAGGUUGCUGUUCCCGGGGCCACUGUGCCGGCAGACAGGACUCUUGGCCUUGCAUUCAGCUGCCCUUGCUAGCCGCACCUUCCUCUCGGUUUACGUGGCCCAGUUGGAUGGACGCUUGGCCCGCUGCAUUGUCCGUAAGAACCCACGGGACUUUACGUGGCAGCUUCUUCAGUGGCUCCUCAUUGCCCUGCCAGCCACUUUUGUCAACAGUGCCAUUCGGUACCUGGAAGGACAACUGAGCCUGGCCUUCCGUGGACGCUUAGUGGACCAUGCCUAUCGGCUCUACUUUGAGGGUCAGACCUACUACCGGGUCAGCAACAUGGAUGGACGGUUGCGUAACCCGGACCAGUCGCUCACCGAAGAUUUGGUGGCCUUCGCUAAUUCCGUGGCCCAUCUCUACUCAAACUUGACCAAGCCUGUCCUUGAUCUCAUCGUGACUUCCUAUACCUUGGUCAGUUCAGCUAGAUCAAAGGGGGCCGACACAGCCUGGCCUUCAUUUAUUGCAGGUUUGGUAGUCUGCAUCACUGCCAAGGUGCUACGUGCCUGUUCACCAAAGUUUGGCCAACUGGUAGCUGAAGAAGCACGCCGGAAAGGAGAGCUGCGCUACAUGCAUUCUCGUGUGGUGGCCAAUUCGGAAGAGAUUGCCUUCUAUGGCGGGCAUAAGGUGGAGCUUUCCCUUCUGCGGCAUUGUUAUCAUCAGCUGGCCUCUCAAAUCAAUGUGCUGCUUCUGGAGAAACUCUGGUAUGUGAUGCUGGAACAGUUCCUUAUGAAGUAUGUGUGGAGUGCUGCUGGGCUGGUCAUGGUGGCUGUACCGAUCAUCACUGCUACUGGCUACUCUGAAACAGAUUCAGAGGCAGUGAAACAAGCUGCACUGGAAAUGGAAGAGCAAGAAUUGGUAAGCUUGAGGACUGAGGCUUUUACCACAGCACGGAGUCUCUUGUCUGCAGCAGCUGAUGCCACAGAGAGGGUCAUCUCUUCCUACAAAGAGGCAACUGAACUAGCAGGCUACACUGCUCGUGUGUAUGAGAUGUUCCGGGUGUUUGAGGAUGUGAAAUGCUGCAACUUCCGACGCCCCGGAGAGCUUGAUGAAGGCCAGGCUCAGGCUGGGACAGUUAUGAAACAUGGUAUGCGUGUCGAGGGCUCACUCCAGAUCCAAGGACAUGUGAUUGAUGUUGAUCAUGGGAUUGUCUGUGAAAACAUCCCCAUCAUCACUCCCACCGGGGAUGUGGUAGUCACCAGCCUCAAUAUCCGAGUAGAUGAAGGCAUGCACCUCUUGAUCACUGGACCAAAUGGCUGUGGGAAGAGUUCCCUUUUCCGCAUCUUGGGGGGGCUUUGGCCAACUUACAAUGGCACCCUCUACAAACCACCCCCUCAUCGGAUGUUUUACAUUCCACAGAGACCAUACAUGUCUGUGGGCACCCUGAGAGACCAGGUGAUUUACCCAGAUACAGCCAAGGACAUGGGACGGAAAGGACAUACCGAUUCUGACUUGGAACGGAUCUUGGAUGUCGUCAACCUCAAUUAUAUUGUACAGCGUGAAGGAGGUUGGGAAGCUUUCAGCGAUUGGAAGGAUGUACUUUCAGGUGGCGAGAAGCAGAGAAUGGGGAUGGCCCGGAUGUUCUAUCACAGGCCAAAGUACGCUCUCCUCGAUGAAUGCACCAGUGCCGUCAGUAUUGAUGUAGAAGGCAAGAUCUUCCAAGCAGCAAAGGAUGCAGGAAUAGCGUUGCUGUCCAUCACACACCGACCUUCGUUGUGGAAGUACCAUACCCACCUCCUCCAGUUUGACGGGGAGGGUGGCUGGCGGUUUGAGAAGCUGGACCCUGAAGCCCGUUUCUCCCUGCGUGAGGAGAAGCAACGCCUGGAGCAGCAGCUGGCUGGGGUCCCUGAAAUGCAGCAACGUCUCAGCGAACUCUGUCAAAUAUUGGGUGAAGAUGCACCCUCUACAGUGGGAUAGGUUGGUGAUUUUGGGUGCCUUCCAAUCUCCCUUCCCUGCUGGCUUGGUGAGAAGGAUCCUAACUGUGACACUCUCACCUCAGGAGUUGCACAAGAUGGCCAGUUUUUGUCCCAGCCACCCAAGGAGCAGUUGAGGAUACCCUGCGGGAGGGCAUUACUUAUUUCUGGCACCCAUUAAUUUAUUCUGCCUCAGUUUAGGGCUGGAGGAAGAAAGGGGUUGCCCCACACUGCCAAUAUCUCUGAAGCCAGCCCUCUCAAUCCCCACACACAUGGUGCCUCAAUACCCCUAGAUAGUACAAGUUCUUCACUAGUGGGAAUUGCACUGGUCCACUGCCAGUCUCGAGCCUCUGUACUCAUGGACUUUUUGGAGUAACUUCUCAGCUACUGCCACCUCACCAACACAGAAACUUCAGCCGAACCAAUCACAGCCUUUCUUCGCAGAAACACUGCACAUAUAGCACGAGUGAACAGAGCUUUUGCCAGCCUCUUUCUUUCUGGCCUCCACAGCAAGGCUGCAACAUUUGGCUCCACUGGCAGAUUUCUGGUACCCAAACUGCUCCUUCUUUAAACAGCCCUGGAGCAAAGCAGAAAGUUAAGAAAUUCAGUUAGGUUGAUUAUGUUCUAUGAAAUGCACAUAUUUUUCAAGCACUUACCCAUCGUCUCGUUAAGAAACUCUUUGUGAUAUAGGGCAAGUUGCCUAAGGAGGUCCCGGAUCCAUGAGGCCCAUCUUCUGAAGCUACCUUGGGAUUUUGUGUCUCUCGUUCCGAGCAUGCUCAGAUGGUACCAGGGUUCACCAUCUGGUACCCUUAUAGAUGAUUCAAACUGUGUUGCCGACAGCACAUCUUUGUAACCUCUGGGAUCUCACCACUGCAUUCGAAGGAUGCUCAGUAAACGGGAAGAAAACCACUGUUUGGGAUUUACUUUAAUGUUGUGAUCUUGUAAGGUCAGAUUUUGCAGUUUAAGACUAUCCAGCCAUUCCCAAGGGUUUGCCUGCAUGCCUUCUGAUAUGGCGAAGGCCUUCACUUUGGGGAGGAAAUGACCCUUUAUUGAGGGAGCUGUAUUUCAAUAUCACUCGCCGAUGGAACUGGGUCCGUCAAAUUGGAAUUUCCUAGAGAGACUACACCAGAAUUUCCUAGAAAUAUUUUUAUUGUAAGUACUCAUUUGAUUUAGACUUCUCCGACGUUCUCAUUUUCUGUAGACCAUGAAAGGCUACGCGGGUUCCCAAUUCAUUUAGUCCCUUGCCUGAAGCAGGAUACAUAAAGGCAUAUUUAUUUGCCAGCUAUAGAGCUUUGCCAAUCUAUUUGCAUUGGAAUAAGAUCCUAGCCUCUCUUGAUUGAGGAUAAAGCAUGUUGUAGCUCCUGUCUCAGCUACUGUGUGCAUAUUAUUUUAUCCUGCCACUUUAACUGAUAGGUUUUGUAGAGGGACUACACUAGAUAGGAAAAGAAUAAGUGGGUCCCCUUUUAUGAGACCACCUACAUUAGAUUAUUAUUCUUACUAUUAUUACAAUAUUUUUUGUCUGCUUCCCGCCCCCCCAAAAAAAACCCAAAAUCAUGAAAUGGUGAGAAUUCCUACUGUCAUGGUUUAAAGUACUAAUAUCAACUUUCUCCCUAUGAAAUAAAAAACCAACAAACUAUUAUUAAUAUUAGCGCCAAGGUCCACCCAACAAUUCCUUUUAGUAGGAACUUCAUUAAACCUGAUAUCAAUCUUAUAGACUGUCUUGGCCCACGAUUCCUUUGUUUUCCAGAAUUUCGAGCCGCUGGGAUCCCACUCAUAACAUCCUCCCGCGUAUCCACAUUUGGUUAAAUCUGCCUGUGCAGAGUAAUGAGGCGCUUUGUGGGGAUUAAAAAAAACUGGACUGGUUUAGAUUUUGCAAGCUGUUGUAUUCUUUAAAAAAUACUCCCUCACUUCUCCCUCAUAAUUAAACAAAACAAAGAACAGCACAACAAGGAAAAAAGCUUAAAGAACCUUUUCUCCCACACAUGCCCCUUGAGGAGAUGUUGGAUUUCUGUGGUUGCUCAAAAGCCCAGUUCCUAUCUCCACCAUCCAUGCCUGUAGUUUGAAGUAAUACUGCUUACUUCGUCAUAUUCAGCUGAAUGAGCAGAUGCAACCUUUUAGUUCCACCAUUCUAUUUUGUAGAAACGAGAAAGUCACAAUCCCACAGUUGCUGCUUCCUGCAGAUCAAAAGAGAAACUCUUAACAGUUCUGUGCUGCUCUCUGCCAUCUCCUUGACUCCCACAAGAACUUGUGGUAUUUGCUACCAGUGACCCUUCACUGGUUAUGACCCUAUUGAUAUAUUUUCCAGCCACAGACCCAUCAAGCCUGGCUGUCCCAAUCUCACCAGUAAAGUCCAAAACAUUUAUAGGGAGGUUUCGGUCAGCAUCAAACUACUUGUCUCGUACCCUCUAGAACAGAUCUUUAAUUCAGAUUGUACCAAGACAAAAGGGGAUGGGUUGAUUUGUGAUGUAAUGCAAUAUUGUGAUUUGUAAAAAAAAAACAUGGUUCUUGGCUUUGCGUGAAUUCAUCCAGCUAUCUUAAUCAACAAAACAUAGUUUUGAAUGAGGGUGAAGAAUGAUGUGUGAAACCUGUCAAUAUGUACGUAUAUAAGAGCAGAUUGGAUAUUGGAGGGAGGUUCCAGAUGCUGAGAAGCUUGAUGAAGGAAAUUCAUCUUCUUCUUUUUCCUCCUCUCCUUUACUGUAUUGUGUAAGUGACUAGUUUUAUAUACUGUGUGUCCGCAUUUUGUAAAGUAUUUUGAAAUAGCAUUAUCAGAUCUAUUAUGGGCCAUUUUAUGAGCCUGGUAUGUUCUAUCUACUCUUCUAGAAAACAAGCAAGCAGAAUUGUUUUAUUGCUUAUGGGGAGGGGGAGAGAACAGCAAAAGCCAAAGAGUGUGCCAUUGAGAUUGUGCAUCUGUCAAAUGUAAAAUUCUCACUGCAGCACAUAGCUAUUUCCAUUUAUUAGCUUUGAUGUCAAAAUCAUGCAAACUAUGCAACAAAGAUUUUCUUGGUAGUUUUGGACAGGCAGGACUACCCACUCUUUCUUCUGUCCUCACAGUGCCUUUUAUGCUGGCAAAGCCAGGUUUAUUCAGAUGAUGUUAAUAAAUAUGGUGAAACACAAACAA